CGGUCUGUCUGGACUUCAAUUCCUCCGUUGUAGUGACGGCACAUAGCGACCAAGUUGUUGGAGAAGUCACGGUAAUUCACACGAAGUAACCCAGAUAAUGUCUUACAUGCACUCGAAAUGCCACGCAUUUACUUUUUCCAGGUUGCUCUACAGUUGUCUAAUAAUGUGAACUAACUUAUAAGGCUGUGCAAACAUUUAACUAGAGUGACCAGCUGGGAUUAUGAGUGUUAGCUAGUGAGCUAUCUUUUUUUUUUUUUUUUCCUAGCCUGCGGUUUAUUUCAUAAACUGCUGAAAACUUUCACAGACAUGAGCCAAAAGACAACAACAACAGAGUCAGGUGAAAGCUCGAAGCUGUCGGCUCAGGGAAGUGAUACUUUGAACCUAGACGCUUUUUCAGGAGACAUAGAGCUGAAAGUGUACAUCCAGGGUCCUGGGACUGAGACAAACAACAUUAAACAACUUCUAAACGAGUUUCAAGGACUUUACGAGCAGAGGUUCAGAUGCCUGGAGCUGGACACUACUGUAACCCGAGAAGAGCUGCUGCAGAGGAAAGUGAAUUUCCUGCGGUCUUAUGUCAAUGACCUCACAGACCAGAACCAGGUGCUGGUUCAGACCAUUGAGGAUCUGCAGAAGGAAAGUGACCACAAGGUUUCCAACUGGGCAAUGAAGCCACACACCUCUGCUCACAGUUUGGAAGUGUCUGCUGUUGAUCUGAAGACUAUUUUGCUGGAUGAGCUUGUUGGACCUGCAGUUCACAUCCCACACAGUACUGCUUCCUUGGUCCAGAUUGCAUCCGAGUUAGAAGACCUGAAAAUCCAGUCGCAAACCAAAGACGUGGUCAUCUCUGAUCUGGAGAAGGAACUCAGGGAGAAUUUCCAGCAAAAGCAAAAGACUGCAACACAGGUGCUGGAAAGUAGUGAGAGGCUGGUGCACCUGCAGAGCGAGCUCUCUUGUCUGCAGCGGAUCCAGAAAGACAACAUGAAGGAGAUUGCUGACAAAAACAUCUGCAUCACCAAGCUGCAAGCUAACAUUCAGCUGCUGCAACAAGAGGGGGCCGACACACAUGUUCAGCUCUCCAAACUGAGUGUGAGAGUGAAGGAGCUUCAGGAUGAGCUGAAGAGAAAAGAGGAGGAAUGGAGGCAAAGAGAAGAUGAACAGAGACUGAAACAUGAAAAGGAGAUUCAACAAGCAGAGGAGAGCAGAAGGCAGGAGCAACAAACAAGAGAGGAGGAGGAGUGCGUGAAGAAAGUGGAGGAGGAGAGGAAGAGGCAGGAGUGGAACAGGGAGCUUGAGGAGGAGAGAAAGGCCCAUGCUGAAGUUGUUAAAAAGUGGGCUGAGAAGGCAGCUAUUUUGAAUUCUGAGUUGAAGGUCAGCAGGAAGCAGGUGGAGCGACAGAACAGGGAGCUGUCAGAGUCUCACCAGAAGGAGGAGAUGCUUCUCUCUGAGGCCAAGGCCAAAAUGGUGUCUUUGAGGUGCGAGCUCACCGCCUUAUUUGAUAGAACGAUGGAGAAGAAAGAGGCGAGGAUAAACCAACUAACUGAAGAGCUGAAUGGAGUGAAUCAAAAGCUACAAACGAGCGAGUGCAUGUUGAGUGACAUCAGUGAAUCCCUGGAUGAGGCCAAAAUUGCCCUGAAUGCGGAAAGACAGCAGAGGCAGCAGAUCCAGGACCAGUUGCACCAUGCCAACAAAGAGAUGGAGCGUCUGACACACGUGCGUCACACUAGUGAAAAGAAGAUUCAGAAGAGGGAGAUUAAGAUGUGCGUUCUGAUGAAAGAGCUCACAGAGAGUAAGAAGCAGCACUCUGAAUGUCAGAACGAGUUGCUCCGAAGAGAGAAAGCUUCAGAGAAACUGUGCGAAGAGAGGGAUAAACUGAUAGCCAAGAUGGAGGACCGGGGCAGAGAGUGUGUCCACCUCCACCAGACCAAAGAGAGACUGGAGGCGGAUUUGGCUCUGAGCCAUGAGAAACUCCACACCUCACACCUGGAGGUUCGAAGCAGAGAUCAGUUAAUUCUGCAGUUGAGAGCUGAAAUGAAAACAGCUGAACAAAAGCAUCAAAGGACACAGGGACAGGUGGCAGCGCUGGAGGGUGAGUUAAGCCACUUGAAACCCAAGGUCAGAGGACACCAGGAAGAGGCCUGUCAGUUAAGAGAAAAGGUCAGCGGUAUCGAGCGCCUUAAAGACCAGAAGGAGAAAGAACAACAGCAGCUACACGAUCAGCUCCGUAUUAGUCAGCAACAGGUCAAGACAUUUGAAGGGAAGCUAAAGGAGCAGGAGGUUGAGAUGGGACUUCUUCAUCAGCAGCUUAAAGGAGCCAAGGAGGAGCUGAAAGAUGCCCAGGGGCAGAAAGAAACUGCAGCCAUCUUUAAACAAAAGUACACAGCAGCAAUAGAGAAGGUGCACAGGGUGCAAGAGCAGGUGGAACUUUUGGAUGAGGAGCUACAGUAUUCACAGCAACAGCUAAGAGAGUCCCAAUCAGCAACUCACUCGGUGAAGGAAGAGCUAGCUGAGAUGGUGAAGCGGUACCAGGAAAAGGUUGGCCAAUGGGAGAACGCACAGGAGGCUCUUGACCAGUUGACGGAUGAGCUCCAGGCCAAUCAGAAUUUGCUGAGGGAGAGUCAGCAAAAAGUGGACCAUCUCAAAGGUCUGAUAGGAUCACUGCAGGAGCAGGUGGACACACUCAAACAGCAGAAACUGAUGUUGGAGUGUGACCUACAGCUGUAUCAGCAGAGUCAUUCUCAUUCUGACGAGGAGUAUCUUAGCCUGUUGAGACACAGACAGCAGCUGCAGAAGCGCUGUACCGAGCAGGUUGAGGGCCUUGCGGAGUGUGAAAAGGCUAUUCUUCAGAUGAAGUCAGAGCUGCAGAGACAAACCCAGGAAAAAGUGGGUCUGAAGCAAAGUCUUGUUGCGUCUCGCCGUACGCACAUCAGCAAUCGCAGCCAGCUGGAACAGGAAGUGCUAUGUUUGAAAAAGGAAGUUACACGUUUAGAGCUUGAGCUGUCAGACACCCAAAAGGUACAUGUGGGACUUCUGAGACAGUCAGAGGAGCUGAAGGAGGCCAGACGAGAGGCGGCGAGAAGGAGCAACGAGGUUGGUGUGCAGAGAGGAGAGGUGCAAAGACUUCAGGGAGAGUUACAAAAGGGGGAGGAGGAGAUGAGGAGUGCCAUCAGAGAGAGACAGAGUGUCAGCAGUCACAUCAGGCGGUUGAACCAAGAGCUGGAGGAGCUACGCAGCAAGCACAAAGUGACAGAAGCAUAUAGCAUGCUGGAGGAGCUCUACAGUCUGCUCUGCCUUUUGUUUGCAGAACCAGCCACACUGCUGUCAAUGGCUGUGAGGCUGGAGACGGAGGUGGCAGAGCUCAGGAGGAAUCUGCAGCAGGCUGUCGAUCACAAACUCAAGGCAGAGCGAGAGAAACAGGAUGCGCAGGACCAGGUUGACACACUCCGGUCAGAGCUGGAGGGGACAUGGUCUGACAAUACAAACCUUCGCCAUGAGAGCCAGCUGGUCAUGACGAAUGUCAACAGUUGGAUUACUGAACAAAAGGCUUCCAACGAGAGCAUCAUUGCCCAGAUGAAGGCCCAAAACAAGCUGCUGCUUAUCGUCACUGAAGAAAAAGAACAUCUUCAGGAGGCUAAUGACACAUUGAAGGCGGAGGUAAAGAGACUGAAAGAAGUGGCGGAUGAGAAGGAGAGAGACACGGAACGCUUCAAGGCCCAGAUUCGAGACCAGGGCACCCGGCAAGACGAGAGAACCAUGGAAACGCAGGGUUUUGUGGCUCUAAACCUCAGCAAAAUCGAGGACAUGCAGACAAAACUGCGACGCAACCUGGAGGCCAUCGGAAUGCUAAAUCAACAAUUAAACGCCCUCAGCGGGGAGAAUAAGCGGUUGCGUAGGCAGCUGGAGGAGGAGAGGUCCAUGCGACUGCUCCUUCCUCUUCCCACCUCCCAGCAGAGCUCCUCCGUAGACCUCCCCUUCUCCCUCAGUGCCCGCCCACCUCCUCCCUCCACCUCUCUACCCUCAUCCCUCCGCCUCCCUCAUCCCCUGAGCCUGGACACAGCAGUGGGAGACACUAACAGGACUGUAACCCAAACCAAGCUGAGCAGAACUAGGCUAGAGCGACCAGGUGAGUCCCAGGCUUUGGGUGAAGCGUUCUGGAUUAGGCCGCCUGGCUCUGCCUCCCUGGAAGAUGCUCGGUCUGGGAGGACAAGCAGGGAUCUGACCAAAUGAAGCCCCCUGAAGACUUUGACCUGUCAUGACUUUUUGACCUCCAGCUGCUCACCAGGGAGUGUACUCAGUAUGAGGUUAAUGUCCUGCAGGUCAAAGUCAAGUCCCUGGGUGCUUUUUGCCUGAGGGGGCCUCCAGAACCAGUGAAUGAUGGAAUUCCAUCAAAUCGAAAUCUCAAAAAUGUCUCUACUACUACACCAUGAAGACAUUUACCCCGAGAACAUAUUCACUUUUUUCAUUUCUUACUUUAAAAAAAAAAAAAUUGGUUGCAUCCUUAAAGUGUUGCAAUGCUCUGAGCAGUGUUAGCUUACAACAUUAGCAAUUACUUCCUCUUUUGCAACAAAACUGUAGCACCAAGCACUAAAAUAUUGUUUGUGUCUGUACCUUUUAAAAAUUCCAUCAGUUCUAAGGAACUAUAAUCAAUUUAAUUCCACUUAAAUGAACUAAACAGAACAAGUGACUAACUGCAAAUUCUUUAGUGUUGAUGAAUGUGUCUCACACUGGAGAUAGAAGCUUUGGAUAAAUGAGGGACGGCAGAUAAUCAGUAUCCAUAGACAUACCUCAGAUGUUGAUGCGAAUGGCUGUAACACAGUCUCUGAUUACGCUGCAGCUGUGCGCCAUGUGUCCUCCAUCUACUGCGGUGAAUGUGGCCGUGUGUCUUUAUGUGAGGGUACAUCAUGUGUCUGCGUGCUUCUGUCUCUCUGUGAGUGCCUGUGGGUGAGUGUGUGCUUGUGUGUGAUUUAAUGUUUAUUAUUGUAGAUGCUGUUUUAUAUUUUUGUUUUAUUGUUUAAAAACUAUUUAUUGAUCUUUUUUUUCCCUCUGUGGCUGUGUUUAAGCCCCGCGUG